UCGUCAAGCGGACAGUUGAGCGCAGCGUCCAGACGGGGGCGAUGGCCGCUUCAUUCAACAGAUCAGAGAAGUCCCACAGCACUGAAACUGUGCAGAACCACAGAUGUGAGGCGCUCGGAAGAGUCAAACAACUGGUUUUAUCGCCUAUCUACGCUCCUGUCGCUCAGCUGUAACAGACAGAAAUAUGAAAACAUGGUAGUUAAAACCAGAAAACCGAAUGCCAAGGACCAGAGCAGCGAGAAGGACAGGAGUCAGUCCGUGUCGGGGACCAAAACCAAGCGUGUGAAAGAUGGAAAGGGCUCGGCUUUGAGUAAAAACGGACUUUUUGUGGGGUUCAUUAGAAACAAAUUAGGUUUGAGCCCGUCCGCUUUUGCAAGAGGAAUUUCAGUAUUGGUCCUCGCUCUUAUUGUGGGAUUUUUACACUGGUAUCAUCUCUCACAUAUAUUUGAAAAUGACAGACACUUUUCCCACAUGUCGUCCUUGGAAAAGGAGAUGGCCUUUCGAACAGAGAUGGGACUGUAUUACUCAUACUUUAAGACCAUCAUUGAGGCUCCUUCUUUCAUGGACGGUCUUUAUAUGAUCAUGAACGACCGCCUCACUGAAUACCCUCUGGUGAUAAACACUCUAAAGAGGUUUAACUUGUACCCUGAGGUGGUUUUGGCCAGCUGGUACAGAGCGUACACCAGCACAAUGGAUUUCUUUGGGAUCCCUACUAAGAUGUGUUGGACCAUCAACAGAGGGGAGGGUCUAGAUCCGGUGGAAAGUUGUGAAGGUUUGGGGGAUCCCGCAUAUUUUUAUGUCACAUUUGUGUUCCUGUUAAAUGGGGCAAUGAUGAGCCUCUUCUUCAUUUAUGGAACAUAUCUGAGUGGCAGUCGACUGGGUGGCACUUUUACAGUUCUGUGUUUCUUCUUUAAUCAUGGAGAGAGUACUCGGGUCAUGUGGACACCACCUCUGAGAGAGAGCUUCUCCUACCCCUUCCUGGUUCUGCAGAUGCUUCUGCUCACUUACAUCAUCCGGACAAGGAACCCAAGCAAGAACACCAUGAUGGCUCUGGGAAUCUCCAAUAUUUUCUUCAUGCUGCCAUGGCAGUUUGCUCAGUUUGUCCUUCUUACUCAGGUGGCAUCACUUUUUGCUUCAUACAUCUUGGGAUAUCUGAGUCCUGCAAAAAUGCAGUCCAUCUUAGUGACACACAUGAUCUCCUUGGCUGUCUGUUUUCUUCUGAUGUUCGGGAACUCGAUGCUGCUGACGUCCUUCUACGCCUCUUCACUGAUCUCCAUCUGGGGCUUAAUUUCACUCCGGGAUCGUUUGGUCGGUAUAUUCAAACCUGGAUUUUUCACAUGGGUCAUGCAGUGCCUUGCAUGGGUGGUCUCCACUGUUGUUCUGAAGUUCAUGCUCUCAGUGAUUUUUGGGGCAUCAGAUGAUGCCCACAUCAGCAGUCUGAUCAAAUCCAAGUUCACAAGUUACAAAGACUUUGACACAAUGAUGUACACGUGUGCGGCUGAGUUUGACUUCAUCGAAACAGAGACUCUCAUCCGGUACAUCAAAACCAUGCUGCUUCCAGUUAACGUGCUGAUUGUGGGUUUUAUUGCAGGAAGGACUAUCCAGGACAUUAUUGGGUUCCUCAGAAAUGAGAAGACAGAAAAGUCAGAGCAUGAUGAAAUGGAGCAAACCCAGAUGUUGGCAAAGGGAGUGCUGGUUUAUCACAGUCUGCAGCUGGUGGCGUUUGCAGUGCUGGCUGUGCUCAUCAUGAGACUGAAGCUCUUCCUCACUCCUCACAUGUGCAUCAUGUCCUGUCUGAUCUGCUCCAGACAGCUGUUUGGCUGGGUGGGAGAGAAGUUUAAACUCCAGCUGACAGUCGUGGGAAUAUUGUCCAUCAUGGCAGUCCAAGGAGUCGCCAACCUGCAGAGUCAAUGGGACAUCAUAGGAGAAUUCAGUAACUUACCUCAGGAAGAGCUCCUGGAAUGGAUCAAGGACAACACGAGGCCUAAUGCUGUGUUUGCUGGUGCAAUGCCCACCAUGGCGAGUGUGAAACUGUCCACAGGAAGAGCCAUAGUGAACCACCCGCACUAUGAAGAUGCAGGAUUGAGAGAAAGAACAAAGAUGGUGUAUGCCAUGUACAGCCGAAAGCCAGCUGAGGUAGUGAAGCGAAACUUGAUAAAGCUGCAGGUGGACUAUUUCAUCCUUGAGGACUCGUGGUGCACCAGACGCUCCAAGCCUGGUUGCAGCAUGCCUGAGAUCUGGGAUGUGGAGGAUGCCCAGAAUGCAGGAAAAGCGCCACUUUGCACCAUCAUGUGGAAGGAUUCACGUCCUCACUUCUCCACUAUCUUUCACAACAACAUUUACAAAGUCCUUCGAGUUCCCAAAACCGUGAGAGAUAUGAGAUGACAGCAAUUUGUCCAUCACCUUACUGUUUUCCUGUCUUUGAUAUGGUGUGUGUGUAUAUACACAGCUUUUUUUUCAGGUCAGAUGUGUUUUCUGGAGCCCUGCUUCUGCCACUUUGGUGUCCGUUUUGUUUUGAUAAGCUGUAAUAGAUGUUUCAACCGCAGUGAGAGAGUCAGUAAGUAUUGAAUCAAACCCUUUUCAAUUAAAGGAAUAGUUCACCUAAAAAUGAAAUUUGCUAAAAAUCUACUCACCUUUAGCUCAUCCAAGAUAUAGAUGAGUUUGUUUCUUCAUCAAAACAGAUUUUUUCAAACGCAUGCUCAUUCUGACGGCACCCAUUCACUGCAGAGGAUCCAUUGGUGAGCAAGUGAUGUAAUGCUAAACUUCUCUGAAUCUUUUCUGAUGAAGAAACAAACUCCUCUACAUUUUGGUUGGCCUAAGGGUGUCAAUUUUCAGCAGAUUUUCAUUUUUGAUGUACUAUUCCUUUAACCAUCUGCUCUCAUGCCUGUUGAAAUGUCUUUAAUGGGAUGACUGUGAUUUUUGCAAUCGAUGGUGCUGCUGUUUGACAUUUGUGUAUGGUCU